AUUGCAGUCAUUGUCCUGGAAUCGACGUGGUUGGGUGUUCGUUUGUGGAACCAUUGUGGGAAAAUUUUUAAAGAUUUUCCGCCGCAUUGGUUCAAUUCAGUUCCUUGGAAGUGGUGGAUUCUUUCAUCACAAAGUGAAAAAAAUACCAUAGCAAUUUUUAAAGGCUUUUUCAGACCCUAGAUGUCAUUCUCAGUGCUCAACUGCGUUUGACAAUACAGUACAGGUAGUGUGUUAUGUAAUCACCGUUUCUAGAAGUGAAUAUGGUUUCAGAUUUUUCAAAUAAAUUUCUAUCAUGCCUGAAACACUUCAGGCGAACUCAAUUACUGUUAAUUUUGCGUAUUCAAUUUCCGGCAUAAUGUGGAUAUUCAAAGUUGAAGAAUGUUUAACCAACGGUAAAACUGGACACCUAUCACUAGAUUCGAGUUUGAUGACAUACUAAAGGUUAAAACUGAGUUCUAAUUUCAUUUUUUUCCGCUGUGACUUGCAAAUACUCGAAAUAUGCAGCCUGGUGAAAGGUUUCUUCUAGCAUUCAAUCCCGAAAAAUGUACGUUUAUUUUUUUUCGAAACAACUGCUGAUAACUGAACAUCAUAAAUCCUUUUAAAAUACAGUCAUAAUAUGAAAAAAAACUUGAAUUUUCAAUGUUCUUUUGAAAUUGUUCAGUGCUUCGUAUUCAUUCGGUGACUUAAUUCAUGGAGUUUUGAAACGUGGUCAAUUAGGAUGAUAAAUACCUAAAAUAUGGGUUUUUUCCCUUUCCGUUACGAAAUUAAUUGAAGUAUUUUUACCCUCCCGUUUUAAAUUCUUUUAAAUUCAUCAACGUCAUCUUUUGAGCGCGGAAAGGACUUAUAUAUUCAAAGGAAUUAUUUUUUUCAAUUGUUUAAGAAACUCCAGGGGAAGAGCGAUUUGUAAAUACGAGUGAAUUUACCGUAUAUUGUCGGAAAAAAUUUUGCGUCAUUUUAGGAAUUAUAGCAAGGUUUGGUGAAAAUCGAUUCCAAGGACUGAUUGUGGAAAAAGAUUGUGCAAACUUGGGAGUCGCCGAUGUUGACCCGGGAUUCGUGGCUGGUUUCCUGGAGACUGGUCUUCCUUCAUCUUUGCAUCUGGGGCUGUUUGCUUGUGGGAAACGGAAGCACAAAAGAACUGGGUCAUCGUCAAGGGUUCGAGGUCCAUUUGUCAAGCUGGAAUGCAGAGACUCUGGAGGAAUUGAUUGGGAGCCCUGGGUUGUCCCGAGACAAGAGACGCUUCAAACGCGCAGUUGCUCCUUCAGAUAUGUCGAGGAUGACGGAUUGCAAGCCAUAUCAGGCCCUGGUCACUUCGCAUCCCGACACUAUGCACACCUUCUGUUUGGCUCAAAACCCUGAUUGCGAAAUUUACAGCACCAAAGUGACCAAAGAAGAAAUCAAGACUAUUUUGAAGCUGCACAAUGAGCUCAGGUCGAAAGUCGCUGUGGGAAAAGAAAGCAGAGGCAAACCUGGGCCACAACCUCCUGCUAUCCUCAUGAACGAGCUAACUUGGGACGACGAAUUGGCGGAAAUUGCUCAUCGAUGGGCAGUUCAAUGUAUUGACGCUCAGGGAAUUGGUGAACCGAUGCCGCAACAUCCGCAUGAUUGCACGGAAUGCCGUCGAGUUCUUGGCCAUGAAUGGCCAUUCGUUGGCCAGAAUGUUGCCUGGAGUGCUUCUUGGUCUUCUGACGGGUCUGCAAAACUGCAAAGUCAAUGGACGAAACAUAUUUUUGGAUGGUAUGACGAGGUGAAGGACUUUUCCCGCACUGAAGUCGAACAAUUC